AUGUCGGAUAAUCAUGGUAUAGCAUUAACUCAAGUCUCUAAUCACUUGUUACCAUCUUCGUGCAGGUUUUACCAUGCCUAUGAUAACUACAUGAUGUAUGCAUUCCCGCAUGAUGAAUUGAAACCUCUGACAAGAACUUACACAGAUUCUUUGAGUGAGCUUGGAAAUUUGAAUCUUGAACAUUUGCCACAAGAGUACAAUGGUUCUGCUCUUACUCUCAUUGAAUCACUAUCGAGCCUUGCAGUCUUGGGGAACCAUACUGAGUUUGAAAAAGCAGUUCUAUGGCUAUCAGAAAACUUAACAUUUGAUGUUGAUGCAAGGAUAAAUCUUUUUGAGUGCAACAUAAGAGUACUUGGAGGACUUGUGUCUGCUCAUAUUCUUGCAACUGAUUCUACAAACAGGUUAACUAAAGGAACUUACAAAAAUCAGCUUCUUGUCCUGGCUGAGGACUUGGGACAGCGGUUUUUACCUGCCUUUGAUACUCCUACUGGGCUGCCUUAUGCAUGGAUCAAUUUAAAGUAUGGUGUGAUGGAGAAUGAGAUAACCGAAACAAGCACAUCCGGUUGUGGUUCUCUAAUUCUUGAAAUGGGUGCUCUUUCACGUUUGACUGGGGACCCAAGAUUUGAGUCUGCUGCUUUACGAGCUUUACGCAAAUUGUGGAGUAUGAGAAGUUCCUUAAAUCUUUUGGGGACUACGCUUGAUAUACAAACUGGGGAGUGGAUCGAGUACUCAUCCGGAAUUGGGGCUGGGGUUGAUUCGUUUUAUGAAUACCUACUCAAGGCACAUCUUUUGUUUGGGAGAGAAGAGUUUUGGAGGAUGUUUCAAUCUGCUUAUGUUGCGGUGCAAAAAUAUUUUAGACAUGGCCCAUGGUAUCAUGAAGCCGAUAUGAGGACAGGGAGAGCAACAUACUGGCAGCUUACGAGCCUUCAAGCAUUUUGGCCAGGUCUUCAGGUUCUUGCUGGGGAUGUUCCUGCAGCUAACUCAUCACAUCGCGAAUUUUUCCAUGUAUGGCAGAAAUUCGGAGUAUUACCAGAGAGAUAUCUCCUAGAUCAUCAAAUGCUGCAUCCAACCGAGAAGUACUAUCCCUUACGUCCAGAGUUUGCAGAGUCGACAUUUUACCUGUAUCAAGCAACCAAAGACCCGUGGUAUCUUGAAGUGGGCAAGACAAUUAUGAACUCCCUGAAUUUGUACACGCGAGUCGAAGGUGGCUUUGCAAGCAUUCGAGACGUGACAACUAUGGAGUUGGAAGACCAUCAGCAUAGUUUCUUUCUUGCAGAGACGUGCAAGUAUUUGUAUCUUCUCUUUAACGAUUCAUUCUUGGUCGACAAAAAUUACGUAUUUACUACCGAAGGUCACCCGCUGCCAAUUUUAAGCUCUUGGCACGAGAAGCUUCCUGAAGCUUAUAUUCCCAGUAAUUGGACUUCCCUUAAGGAUGAAGGUCAACCCAGACGAGCCAGUGCAAUGUCGUUGAGAAUAUGCCCAUCUGCCGUUCCAAACUGCAGGCAUAAUAAUAAUCAUCAGUCGAUUGAGAGUGUUUGUCAUAUUCCCGAUUCACGUCCCGACCACAGGUGUUUGACUGACGAGGAUUGUGGGGUUGACUCGACUUCUUGCAGGCGGAGAUUGUGUAGUAUGGCUGGUUAUUGCGGUCUGUGGCGGACCGUAUGA